AUGACCUCGUUAACCGACACACAUUCCAUUACCGCAAACUGGCUCGCAGCAUUCGCCCGCGCAAUCAGUGAUGGCGAUGCACAGCGUGUCGCAGCGACGUUCCUUCCAGAGGGCUGGCUAAGGGACGUUCUCACUUUCGUCUGGGACACCCGCUCCCUUCGUGGACGAGAGGCAAUCCAGCGCUACCUUACAGAAUCGAACCAUCUCUCCCAAGCCCAGAUUUUCAAUAUCGCUCUCGAGACAGACCCGUUUUACACACCGCGCGAGUCGUUCGCUCCAACAGGUGACCGGGUUGGUGUCGAGACCGGGUUCAAGUACGAGACGCGAUAUGCUAUCUGCCGAGGCUAUGCACACUUGCGGCAGGUUGAGGAUGGCACUUGGCAAGCUAUCACCGUUGGCAUGAUUGCGCUCGACCUCAAAGCACAUCCUGAGCCGAUGAACGUCGCUCUCGACUGGGAAGCCUCCGGUCGGACCUGGGAUGUGCUCGAGGCUGAACGAAAGGCGAAGAUCGAGACUGACCCUCAUGUUCUCAUUAUUGGAGCUGGACAAUGUGGCUUGAGCACUGCUGCGAGGUUCCGGCAGAUGGACAUCCCGACCUUGGUCAUUGAGAAGAAUGCGCGCAUCGGCGACAAUUGGAAAAAGAGGUACAAGAGUCUUGCCCUUCAUACUCCGGACUUCUAUUCUCCAAUGUUGUAUCAGCCCUUCCCGUCUGAUUGGCCCGAGUACGCGCCAAGGGAUAAACUCGCGAGCUGGUUUGAGUCGUAUGCCGUCAACCAGCACCUUACUAUCUGGACGAAGAGCACCCUCGCUGCGCAGCCCCAAUAUGAUGAAUCCGAGGGUGUCUGGCACGUCUCCAUCGAUCGCGACGGCAAGAAUGUGACGCUGCGCCCCAAGCACAUCGUGCUCGCAACGGGCGUACUCGGCGCGCCACGAGUGCCCGACCUACCCGACCAGACCAGCUUCGCAGGCACGGUACUGCACGCGGCACAGUUCGUCGAACCUGCGCCCUUCGCAGGUAAACGCGUUAUUGUCGUCGGCGCCGGGAAUUCGUCUAUCGACAUCUGCCAGGACCUCGCCACGGGAGGUGCGGCGUCGGUGACCAUGGUGCAGCGCUCGCAGACUUGCGUCGUCUCGCGAAGCUCUGUCAAGGGUGACAUGCGGCACAACUGGCUCCCUGGCGAGCCCGUUGCUGUCGGCGACUUCAAGUUCUCGGCGCAGCCGCUCGGGUUCUUCAAGGAGAUGGCCCAGAGUAUGCCUGAGGUACUCUGGGCGCGCGAGAAGGAGCUACACGACAAAUUACGCAAAGGCGGACUCAAUUUGUACUUAGGGCCCGAGGGGGAGGGGCAAUUUCUCAUGGUCUUUGAGCGCGGUGGAGGCUACUGGAUGGACAAGGGUGGGGCGGACCUCAUUGCGUCGGGUCAAAUCAAGAUCAAGCAAGGCUCUAGUCCGAAGUCCUUCGCGACAGACGGCUUGAUCUUUUCCGACGGAUCCAAGCUACCCGCGGAUGUGGUGAUAUUUGCGACGGGCUACGAGCUCCUUCGCGAUGUCCAAAAGCACACUUUCGGUGAGGGGGUGAUUGACCGCACGAGCGAGACCUGGGGACUUGACGAAGAGAGCGAAAUCAAUGGAUGUUUUAGGCCCUCAGGCCAUCCAGCGCUAUGGUACGCCAUUGGGGAUUUCUUCAACUGUCGGUUUAUGUCAAAGCAGCUGGCUAUUCUGAUCAAGGCGGCUGAACUGGGGUUGUAUAAUCCUGAGCAAGAUCAGCGAAAGGUGACUGUAGACGCCCCGAGGGCGAAGAUGUAGCGAAAAGUCGCGCCUCGAAAUACCCUGUUCCGGCCUCGACUUUUUGACAAUGUCUUUGCCGAUAUGUAGUAUGUCAUAAUGAAAUGGACUGGCAUAAAUGCCCAAUUUAGCUUCGAUGCUCCCAUCAGUGAGGAGAGAGCUAGAAACUGCAU